AUGUCGUCCGGCCCCGAAGUCCACCACCUCUUCCACCACCCCAUUGCCGACCACUCGUUCUCCGCCGACCGACAGACGCUCGCGGUCGCAAGAGACAGCAAUGUCGAGCUAUACCAGCGCUCAGGUGGUGGGGCCAAAUUCGUGCUGAAGGAUGAACUCAAGGGUCAUGACAAGACGGUCACGGGCGUGGACAUUGCUCCCAACAGUGGCAUGAUAGUCACUUGUUCUCAGGACCGAAACGCCUACGUCUGGGAACCCUCACCCACAGGCUGGAAACCCACCCUCGUCCUUCUCCGAAUCAACCGCGCCGCAACAUUCGUGCGGUGGUCGCCCUCAGAAAAGAAAUUCGCCGUGGGAUCCGGAGCUCGCGUGAUCGCAGUCUGCUAUUUCGAAGAAGAAAACGACUGGUGGGUAUCGAAACAUCUGAAGAAGCCAAUCCGGAGCACAAUCACGACCGUGGCAUGGCACCCGAACUCGGUCCUUUUGGCCGCAGGAUCAACGGACUCGCACGCACGCGUGUUCUCCGGCUUCAUCAAGGGCGUCGACGACCGACCAGAACCAAGUGUUUGGGGUGAACGACUUCCGUUCAACACCGUUUGCGGCGAGUAUCUCAACGACGCGGCGGGGUGGAUUCAUGCGGUUUCCUUUUCCCCCAGCGGCAAUGCUCUCGCUUUUGCCGCCCACGACAGCAGUAUUACGGUCGUGUACCCGAGCGCUCCGGACCAGCCGCCCCGCGCCAUGCUCAACGUCUCGGUGCACAGUUUGCCGUUCACCAGCUUGAUCUGGAACGGUGAGGCCGAGAUCAUUGCUGCCGGCUACGAUUGUGAGCCCUUCCGGUUCCGGGGCGGCGAAUCCGGCUGGGAACUCGCGGGUAGUGUUGAGACCAAGCAUCGUCCCGGUGCUGGUGGCUUGGCUGCCCGUGAAGAGUCGGCUUUGCAUAUGUUUCGCCAGAUGGAUCUCAAGGGAAAAGUCAAGGAUGAUACGCAGUUGGCUUCGACGCAUCAGAACACCAUCAAUACUAUUCGUGUCUAUGAGGAGUCUGGAGGUGCUGUCAAGAAGUUUAGCAGCAGUGGCGUUGAUGGCCGUGUCGUCAUCUGGACUUUGUAA